GAAACAGUCUUUAAUCAUAAACCCUACGUACACACACAGGCGACACCUCUUCGCUCUGUCAUCCCCUUCGCAACGCUCAAACGAUACCGUUUUCCCUGAAUACGUUUUGGGGUUUUGUGUGUAUCAGCCUGUAAAUCGUCAAUGGCGUGGGAAGUGAUUCUAUGGGUUAUCUUCUUUAUAAUGAACACGGCCCUCAUCGCCUCUAAUCUGUAUCAGAUUGUGUGCCUAACAGAUUUGGAGGCUGAUUACAUGAAUCCUUAUGACUCAUCAUCUCGCAUUAAUGCUGUCAUAAUUCCUGAGAUGGUACUCCAUGGUGUUUGCUGCGCCCUUUUCCUUGUCACAGGCCAUUGGUUCAUGUUCCUUCUUACGCUCCCCAUCGCCAUAUAUAGUACCAUGCUAUACUCGAAAAAACGACAUCUUAUUGAUGUAACUGAAGUUUUCAGAUUUAUUGAUGCUGAAAAGAAGUAUCGGAUUGCUAAGCUUGCUUUCUACUUGAUUCUCUUUGUUCUAGUCAUUAUCAGGAUGGUAAUAGCGAUUGUCAACAAUUUGAUAGACGAUGAGGAAGAAAGGGUACCUGGGUUCGGAAUAUUUUGAUUCUUUUGCUCAUAUUGAUUUAUCGGGUUUGUAACAUUACUUGUAAUUUCUAACAACAUAGUGCAGAUUUCUGCUCCUCGGGUCUUGUAUGUAGAGGUAAGGCCUGCUUACAUUCUAUCAUUCAAAUGAGAUUUACGGGGUUCGUUUGAUUUAAUUUAUGUUUUGUAAAAUUCUUGAUGAUGUUUUUUGUUUAGGUACAAUGUCCUUUAGAAUCUUGUAUAAGUUAAAUAUUUAUUUGUUUGA